AUGUUGGCUAAAGAGAGGUGUUUACCACAUGCAGUUGCCCUGGGCCAAGAUAUCCCUGCGGAUAGUGCGGCACGCGUAGGCACAGACGUCACCUUUAAUUGUAAAGACCAAGGCUACACAUACGUCGUAUGGGUAGAAUAUGCCUCACAAGGUGAUACUGGUAUCACUGUAUGGCAUACUGGUGGGCAAGUUUCAAAUCCUGCCAAGUAUGAAGUCGACUCUACAAGUGCCAAUAAAUAUAAACUUACUAUUAAAAAUGUACAGAUGACAGAUGCAGGGAAGUAUGAGUGUCGUACAAUACCUUCAGCUGGACCACCAAAAGAUUAUGCAGCACAGUUGACCGUUAUAGGUACACCUUCUUGUCCAAAUAGCAAUGGUCAGCUCAUGGCAGAUAUCGAAAACCCGAGCCAAAGCGACAAAGCCCAACUUGUGUGCAGCAUAGAUUUCCGUGGUGUCAAUUCAGCAUCACUGAGUUGGUACGACAACACUGGUACCCUGCUUCCGUCCUCCUCAAGUGGGGGUGCAAAUUCUCUUCUUGAAGUUAAUACAACAUUCCCUGUGAGGACGUCAUACCACGGUGAAGCGUGUGAAUGUCGGGUAACUGUGCAGAAUAUUCAAGACUUCCAAGAGAGCUGUUACUCUUCUCCUAAAUUUGAGAUUGUUUAUCCAGUCCUUCAAAAUAUUAAAAUGCAACCAUUUGAUGAUGCCGGUGUGAGUGAAUAUAUGGUCGGUGAACAUAUGAACUGCACCGGAGAAGGAAACCCCAUGCCUACUUAUCAAUGGGAGAAAAUAAGUGGCCAAAGUACGGAAUUGACUGUCAAUGGGCAGACCCUGAUGCUCAAGAGUGAUAUGAUUGGUGAGAAUACAUAUAGGUGUUACGUUGAAAAUAUGAUCAAAGGAAUGAAGCAUGAGGCCAGAAGAGAAAUUUCCUUCACAGUUAGGGCCCCUCCUGGAGCAGGACCAUCAACGACUGGAGCUAAUACUGGGGCAAUCGUGGGAGGAGUUAUAGGUGGUCUUAUUGGUCUCGCUAUUAUCAUUGUCAUUGUAUACUUCCUGAUCAUUAAGAGACCCAGAGAUAGAGUGAUAAAAUACCCCACUGACGAAGAUCUGUCUGCAUAUAACAGACCCCAACCAAAGGAUGCUAAUGUCGAGAAAGGAAAGGAUAUUGGAAAUGACUUCACAGCCCCACAGACUGAGGUAGAAGGUCAAGUUGGACCUGACUACAUCUACUCACAGCCAGACAAGUCCAAAAAGAAUCCAGAGACGGACCAGGGUGAUUAUAUAUAUUCACAACCAGACAAAACCAAGAAAAAUCCCAAGGAUGAAUAUAACGGUGGGUUCAGGGAAAAUUAUGAUAUGGAUGCUGUUGAUGACAAUGACAACCCACCAGCAGUGCCCUUUAAAGAGAAUGGACAUGACGAUCGCCGACCUCCUCAGUACCAAAAUGCACCACCAGGUGGCUUUUCAUAUGGCGUCAAUGUCAACGAUGUAAACCAACAAGGUGUUAACCCUGGUUCUGACACUGCUGUAUAGAAACCCUUAUACCCCUUAUUUUUAUACUUUAACAUUCCUCCUUGAAGGGACCCCAGCUUGACCUUCAUUUGGCUUUGGGACGUCCCAUUUAAAGAAGGGAGGUCAGGAUAUAUUUUAAUAUAAACUAGACAGACUUGAGGAUGUAACAUUUUAAUGUUGAGCCAAGAUUUUAUAAGUAUUUUGAACAUUUUUGAGGAACAUGGGAAAAACAAAGCCAUUUGAGCUUUAGAAAAUGUGAUUUGUACAAUAGAAUUAGUGUGUAUAGUUAGUUAAGACAGUCAUGUAGUUGAUAUAUCAUCAUUUUAGUCGUUUGUCCACUUAAAAAGUGCCUCCAAUAGUAACAUAUCAAUAGACAAAAUCAUAUCAGGUUUCAUGAUAUAUUAUAAUUUGUAGAUAGUUAUAAACUUAUGAUGUUUUAUGAAAUAAAAGAAGUUUCUCCUUUCUGCCUGUGGAGUCACGGGACUUCAGGUUUGGGUACGACCUUUUUUAGAAGCUUAAGAAUCUGUUUGAUAUUAAGAAAUCCAUUGCAGCUUUAAAUGGAUGAUUAAAGAUGGAUUGCAUUUUAUUUUACCUAAAGAUGACAUGCUUGUCAUGCAUUUCCUUUAAGGCUAUGCAUUUCCAUAAGCUGUGCAUUUUUAGAUCGCAAGAGUCUUCAUGAAGUCUUAUGAAAACAUCAAAUAGGAAUAUGAAGAUUCAACAAUCGUCCAUUGAUUAUAUGUUCUGAAAGAGAUGCAUGGUUGUAUGUUAUCUUUUGAAAUUUUGGGAAUCAGUGAAAGGACAUUAAACUUUGCCCAGAAUGAUUGUGACAUUAAUAUAUGUGAUAGGGAUUAAGGUAUUAUACAUAUCUAUUAUGUUAUGCAGUUUCAGAAGUAUGUAUGUAAUGUAAUAAUUACCCAGAUGACUCCAGUUGAAGUAUCCAUUUAUAUAUUAACAUAUACACAGCUUUACAAUUUUAUUAUUAAGUGAUAUAAAGCA